AUGAGGGCCCUUGCAGGCUUCGAUGUCAUUGAUGGUUUCCAGUCGCCCGCUAUCUUUUUUCUUUUAUCCAUCCUGCCGCCUGCCGUGUCUGCCCCCAACUUGAUGCCAAAAUGGCAGCCAGUCAGUUCGCAGCUCCUUCCCCUCAGUCUUCAGUUCUUCAAAGAACUAAUGUAUCAUGAGUUGAAGGAUAGAGAAUUCAGUCCCGGAUAUUCCACAAAGCCUUCCAGACCGAAUUACCUAAGUGGAGGUGGCCUUUUGUGCCAGACCACCGCACUUUCCUCACUUUACUUUGACUGGCCGCUUUUUCCAAAGCAACGCCUAGCCCAGUUCUGGCUGGCGCUAAUGCAGUCCUGGUGGCGCCCUUCUCUCCAGGCUACAAAUGACACCAGCCGAUUGGGGGUCGAGCCAAUCCCAGCAUUUCGCUCGCUUCCGACACCCAUAAUGGCACACUCUCAGGGAUCGUCUCUGCAAAUAGACUUGUACCCGUCUACUUCCGUGGUCCCCCAAGUACACUACCUAUCUGAUCUCCACGACGUGACCUCGACUUUGGUGCUGUACUGGAGAAGGCAGCGCCUGUUCAUCGCCCUUUCUGCCAGUCACCCUCACUCCCGUCUGCCUGUCUCUUCCAAGGUUGUCUGCACUGGCACCAAUCCCAAAUACCUUCUCCAAAAACUCCAGUUCUCGACACAAGACUGGACGCGCUACAACUUCCAACAACUAGCAACGUCCCGUCAUUCAACCUUUCCUACCUUGCUCCUCCACCACUACUUCGCCUACCACCACCACCGCUACCUCCACCAUCAUCUCUCUCUCUACCUCUCUCUACCUUACCACUACCCGACGACACAACACAACGUUAGCACAAGACACGCCGGCCAACUGCCCACCUGGACCAGUCUUGAACCGACCCAUCCUCGCCUGUUCCGUGCUCUCAACAGCAUAAUUUGCCGCUUGCUUUUUCUCUAUCACUCGUUUGCAACGGUGGACUUCUCCAGUCUUUUCAACUCUUAUCGUUGUACAUCCCGGGUACCGCUCCAAUACACUUCCCUCCCGUCCCCAUGCGAUCUUGAACGACGCGCCGACCGAAGAAUCCAUACCUGUAUCCGUAUCCCGAUCCCAACCUUGAUCCAACUCCCGCCUUCGACACUCCCGUCGCUCACACGCCGCGCCUAUGCUGCACUACACCCUCGACAGAUGAGAGCUCAACGACGCAUUUUUUUCGAACGAGACAUUUGGCAGACGAGUGGUAUGAUGGUGCGUAGAACUGCCCAUAACUCGCCACUGCACCCAUCUUUGGCACCCAACGUUUCGAGAGCCUUGCGAGUCGUCCUUACCUCAUCUAGACCCCGCGCCGAUGUUGGUGGCAGCUUUGCGAGUCGACGCGGUCAUGCGAGCCAGCUGUCAAUUUCAGACCCCAGCCACCAUGUGACCGAGACCAUUGGAACCCUCUACGGCGACGAGGAGUACGACAGCGAUGGCCGACCCAUCAGCUACCUCGGACAGUCCUACACCGACCAGCUCAACAACAAGUUCGAAUCCGACCACUCCGACGACGAUCCUCGUAGGCAGAUGGUCCGUUCAGCGUCGGACAAGACGGGCUUGGGCAUGGCACAAAAUGGCUCCACGACUCUCAAACAUUCACAGACGUUGCCAACCCGGUCGCCUAGCCAGCGAAGCAUGUCGUUUGAGAACGGCCCCAAAUCGCCGCCAAUCUCCUUACGAGAUGUUAAGAACGAGUCCUCCCAAUUUCCUCUAGGCAGCAUCGAGAACCCCAACGACAUCGCGCAGGAACUCAACAACUUGCAGGCCCUGCGGCGCAUGUCUAUGGAUGUCGGAAACAAUGCUGACCCUGAUAUGCUCCCCUUUUCCGGCUUGUCCCUAGUCGCCAUGCCUCCUAUCGCACCAACGGGAGACGAUGACGAAAAUGAUCCUUCACGGUUACUCUGGGUCCCUGCGGCAGUCCAUCCCGAGCUGGCCCCGACGGAAUUCAAGACCUUCUUAGAGGAUCGCGUCAAGACUAUUCGGCGGCGAUCAGGCGACUCCGGUGACGGCGGUAUGGGCCGAAGCGAUUCUGGCGGCGGCCUGCGGAGAAAGAAGAGCAUGCUCUCACGACAAAUCGACAACUCUGGGGGAAGAGGCGCCGUUGGGUACGUGGACGGCGCCGAGAGACUCGGGCGCAAGAGCUCACUCAGAGACUAUUCAACUCCUGAGCUCAACCUGAACGAACUAGUCAAGGACCCUUCCAAAGUAGUGCGUGAGCUUUCCGAAGGUGCUCAACCGGAGGCUGGCGCCGAGGAUCUGCCCAUCUUGCCUGUAGCUCCCGGCAUGGGACUGCGCAGGUCAACCCGAACAACCUACCGAAAGAACGGCAGUGUACGCUCAGAUCGGUUGCCAUUCUCCAAGCGGGUCGCCAAUCGACAUGCCCACACGGAUUCCUCUGACUCCGCGGAUACGGUCCCCCCUCUGCCAUCUGACGUGCCCGAAGUGCCACCGUUGCCUACGCAGCAAAGAGCGCAAUCAGAGCCAGUGUCAGAGAAUUUCUCGCGCCCCAAUCGCUCAGUCCGACGCCAGCACAAGUUCUCUCAAGAUCUGGGCACGACUUCUGACGGUGCUUCGUCCGAAAUCGAGGAACCUGUUUCUCCCCUGAGCACACGUCCUGAACAGCAACACCCAACGAGAACAUCUUCAGUUUCGGCUGAUGCCAAGCCCCCGGUUCCUGCCAUUGUUGAGUCGCCAGCAACAGACGAGAGCGCGCAAAGGCAGCAAUUCCCCCAGAGGUCCUCAUCUUCACAGCAUGCCCCUUCACAGCCCCUUAUGGACGAGCCUCCCGCUCGUUCAAGCAAACGUCCGGGUUCAGCCAACUCUGCGCCAAGCCCGACAACACCUACGGCACCUCAACAACCGCCACAGGUGCAACAGCAGCCCAAGCAGCAGCAAACCAAUGCCCCUAACCACACCUUGAACGACAUGGCCUCCCACCCAUCUGUCUUACCUGGCAGUGGCGCAAACCGAACCGAUACGUUGACGUUCAUUCCCACUCUACAGCCAGAGGAGAAGAAGCCAGAAGAAAAGAGGGUGGAAAAGAAACUGAGAAAGGAGAGAGACGAUGAUGCUUCGAGUAUAUCUUCGAGCAAAUCCUCUGGAGGCUGGUCAAAGUGGCUCAAGGGCGGUAGUGACGACAAGGACAAAAAGAAGAAGGAAGAAGAGAAGAGGAAAAAGCAGCAAGUCGCCGAGAAGGGACAGGACAAUGCCCGUUUGGAUGUUCUCCAGAACUCAAUCGAGGGUGCGUCUUCCAAGGGAAGAGAAAGUAUCAUUGUGGACCGCGACAACGUCGAUAACAAAUUGGCCGAAGAGCGAAAGAAGGAGAGCAAGAAGUCGGAAGCCAAGAAGGAGAAGGAGGGUGGUCUCUUCUCGGGCCUCUUUGGCGGUGGCAAGAAGAAGAGCGAAAAGGAGAACAGCAGCAAGAAGAACCAACAUCUGCGGGUCUCGGAGGAGGUGCCGUACCGCCCGCUUAAGGCCGAUGUCGACUACCACUGGACCAGAUUCCCGUUGCUCGAGGAACGAGCGAUUUAUCGGAUGGCUCACAUUAAGCUCGCAAACCCGCGUCGCUCUCUGUUGAGUCAGGUUCUUCUCAGCAACUUCAUGUACAACUACCUCGCCAUCGUUCAGGCCAUGCACCCACAGAUGCAGGUUCCUCAGUCGCCACAGCAGAGACGUCUGGAAGAGGAGCGUCGCCGCAAAGAACAGGAAGAGCAGUAUUUGGCGCAGCAACAGCAGCAGCAGCAGCAGCAAGAGGCGGGGGAGCAGGACUCGACGGGCCAGUACAACUUUGACUAUCAUCGGGGCGAAAACCAAUACGGUGACCAUCCUCAUGAUGAGGUGGACUACGUUGAUGACGCUCAAAUUUACGAGUACGACCAUGGCGGCGACGUGGAUAACGGACGCAGCAAUGGCUACCAAGGCCCUGACAGCUAUGACCCUCAGCCUGGCAAGCAGUAUUAUCAUGAUCAGUACGGGCGUGACGGCAGCGACGACGUAAGGCGCCGGGACGACCGUGAGGACAUGUGGGCAUUCUGGGACGGCGAGACUCCUAGGCUCUGCCUCUGUUGCAGUCUCGAACCUAGUUGGAAGGCGCUGUGCAAUCAUCCAAACAGUAGCGCAACCACAGCAAAUGUGGUGGAUCCAUUUCUUUGCUCCUCACUUGCUUCCGUGCUUCCCCAAUACCUUGCCCAAGCCGGGGGCGAGUCGUUGGGAUGUCGUUGUUUCGGCUUCCGGCCUCCGGACUCCCGCCUCAUCCCGCCGGGCCUCAUCCAAGAGUUCUUUGAGAAGAAUCCAACACUGUACUGUAUAUGUCUGCAAGGAGACAUUUGCGACGGGACCUGCAGGUCUAAACGAUCAAAGAGAAGGUCCAACUCGGGGCAGAACUGCCCGAGCCCCGCUGUGGUGCCUGGAGGUGCCCAGCAGGCUCUCCCUGCUGUUCUGCCUAUCCGCCCCAUGAUACCCAGCCAAGAGGAGUCGCCUGUGAGCAUCUGCGCUAAACCAUUUGGGGCAAGAGCAGCCUCUUCUGGCAGUGCGCCAAUUCGUCCGUUCGUUGCUUCCACCUACACCUUGCACUUUUCCUCAACCUCCAGAAAAAUAUCACCAGCCUUCAUCCGGUCACUCACCCGACGACGAACCCCCGAGCCCGAUCGUCCCCCCCCUGCGACUUUCAAUCGCCCAAUCUCCAUCUCGCGAUUACCUCGACAACAAACUAGCAUGGCUGCCCCGCGUCCAUACAACAACAACCCGGGCUACAUGCCCAACGGAGCUUCCUCGAUUCCUCCUGGAGCUGCGCCUCUCCUCCCCAACCAGGGUCGCGUUAUCCAGACUGGCCCCAUCCGAGUUCUGUGCAUAGCUGAUGUUCGAGGAAACCUCACAUCCCUCAACGACCUGGCAAGACAAGCACGAGCCGAUCACAUCAUCCACACUGGCGACUUUGGCUUCUACGACGACACCUCCCUGGAGCGAAUCGCAGAAAAAACCCUGAAGCAUGUUGCUCAAUACUCUCCCCUGAUUUCCGAGCCCGUCAAGAAGGCCAUCCAGCAGGGCGGCCCCGGACCCGUCAAGAGCCGAUUCCCUGCCAACGAGCUUCCCCUCUCCGAGCUCUCUCUACUCUUGAGCGGCGAGAUCAAGCUCGAUAUCCCAGUAUACACUGUAUGGGGUGCUUGCGAAGAUGUCCGCGUUCUCGAGAAGUUCCGUUCCGGAGAGUAUAAGGUACACAACCUGCACAUCAUCGACGAGGCCCGCUCGAUGCUUCUCGAGCUCGGUGGAGUCAAGCUGCGCCUCUUGGGUCUUGGUGGUGCUGUUGUCAUGCACAAGCUCUUCGACAAUGGCGAAGGAAGAACUACGAUCGCCGGAGGUCAGGGAACUAUGUGGACUACCUUGUUGCAGAUGGGCGAACUUGUCGACACUGCGCACCGAGUUUACGACCCAACCGAAACCCGCGUCUUCGUCACCCACGCCUCUCCUGCCCGUGAGGGUAUUCUGAACCAGCUUUCCGUCACCCUCAAGGCCGACUUCUCCAUUUCCGCUGGACUCCACUUCCGUUACGGCAGCUCCUACAACGAGUUCAGCGUAAACCCCACCCUCGACCACUACCGCGGCAAGCUCGCUGCCUCCAAGGCCUCUUUCAACGAUGUUUGGGAGACGGUCAAGAACGAGGUCGAGCCAGCCAUCUCUCAGAACGAGGGCCAGCAGAACCUGCUCAAGAACGCCCUCCAGAUUGUCGAGAAGAUGCCCACUACUGCUGCGGGAGGCAACCCCUUCGGCGGUCCCGUUGCCGGCCAGGCACAACUCGGCCAGGUCGACGAGAGUGCCUUCAAGAACAUGUGGAACUUCAACUUGGCUGAUGCCGCAUUCGGAUGGUUGGUGCUUGAGAUUCAGGAUGGACGUAUCGGAACUGAGAUGCGCGCCCAAGGCUUCAACUUCUCACACAGAGGUGCCAAGGCCGCUGCGCCUGUUCCCGCCGGACCUGCUGGCGCUGGCAACCUGCCUGCCCCGGCCCCGCCUUCCACUCAGACUACGGCUCCCCCGCCCACCAGCAGACAGCCGUCAUCCCAAGCACCUCCCAAGCCUGCGGUCGCAACACCCCUGCCAUCAGCUAAGCCUGGAACUCCUCAACCUGCUGCUGCGGCACCACCUGCGGUCCCUCCCAAGGACGAGCGCCCUGCGCCUGCGGCUGCUAACGGAUCAGCCAACGGCCCUGACCCCGUCUCCUCUCCCGCACCCAAGACACCUGCUCAAGAUAUUGUCGGUCUUUUCAUUAUGAAUGUGAACUCCGAGGAGCAGACUCGUGAUCUUUUCGACGGCGAGCACAAGAACAACAUCCUCAAGGUCGAGAAAUGGGGCAACUCCAACAAAGUUGUCAUGUUCAAGACGAUUGAGGAACGUGAUGCUGCUCUGAACAGCCUUCCCGAAGACCUCAAGACCCGGGCUCAAGAGGACCGGUCUCGUCCCCUCGUCAAGGUUUUCCAACACCGCGAGAGCAAGUUCCAGCCCCGCGGCGGUGCCGGCAACUGGGGCAGCAGCAGAGGCGGUGGUAACUCUGCAAACACUGGCAGCGGCUACCGCAGUGCCGGUGGCGCCAGUGAUUCCGAGAGCACCCGUCGUGGCGGCCGUGGCGGUGGCCGAGGUGGACGAGGAGGCGAGCGCGGAGGACGUGGAGGACGUGGUCGCGGUGGCCUCAAGGGCGAAGGCGGCGCCUCCCCCGCCCCCGCCUUUGAUGAAGUAUGGAAGAUGGCUCAGGCCUCGGAAUCGAAGCCACGUGGUCCGUCGAAUGAAGUCUUUGAAGCUGUAAUGGCCAAGUUUGGCCCUUCGCAAGCAGGGGAAUGA